AUGGCGGACGCACAUUCUGUUUCAUAUUCAGAAGCCAACAUUUGUUGUAUUUUGUGUUUCCGUGUGAUUAAACUUAAAGAAGCCAUUCAGCAAUUGCCAUUCAAAGUAUUCCAUUCGAAAGAGAGUAGGCUUGAUUUCUCAAGAAAAAACCCAUUGUAUCAGAGCUCAGCAAUCUAUUUCAAAAAGGGAAACUUACAAGAGGGCAAGAACGAACAGCGGAUGAGCUCAACCAGUGAAAUGAGCGAGUUUGACAAAUGUAAGAACAGUUGAUACUCCGAAAUAUUUGUACGAGUUUUUAAAGAACACCGACCAGUCAUAACAUAUGUGAAUGUCAAAGUAGCAUGGCCUUGCAAAACAGUGGAGAAAAGCUUGCAUCCAGACUUAGAGUCAUUGGGGAAAAUGGUAGUUUGUGGCACAUUCAAGCAAAUUGCAAAUGCAGCGUGGAGAAAUAAACAUAUCAAAAACCAAGCAGAAAAUGCUUGACUUUUCGUUUCAAUGAGAGAAUGAAGAGGGUGGAAAAGAGAGCCCCACUAUUUUAUUCUGUCUUGAUAGCUGGUGGCUGCAACAAUAAGAAAACAAAGAAGUGCUCAUGGAUUCCUGCAGUUGGAAUGGCUGCAUCUGUUCAAAAGAUCACCCUACAUGAAGCAGUGCAGUUAAUGUUGGGUAUAUUCUUAUACCAUUCAAACUGGGUAGUAAGUCUAUUCACUUCUUUUAUUUUCACCUACCAUACUGUACACAGAUUGUAUGUUAGCCAGUGGAAGGGAAGCAGUUUUUGGAAAGAUUUGUCACUACAACAGGAAGAAGAAAUUCAAACAAAAGCAUUGGAGAAGUUUCCUAAAGAUUAUCAGUACACCAUUUGA